AUGCCUAUAGUCGGGAACUCCCCUGUGAAAACAGUGCAACCACCGGACAACGGUACGGCGAGCAAUGCCCAAGAAACGGAAGUGGGGCAUCAGCAGGCCGCGGGCCUAGCGAGGAGCCAACCAAACCUGGUCACCGCGCUCCAAACCCCAGCAGCGCAAGGUGGUUACCUUCUCGCUGCACCCCCGCGUGGAUUCGAUACGACCGGCGACGAUUUGAUAGAAUCAUGGAGAAAAUUCAAAACGGAUUUCGAGAUAUAUGAAACCAUCAGUGACCUAUCGAGUAGGCCAGAAAACUAUCAACGAGCGGUUCUUCUGAUGUGCUUGGGUGAAACGGCAAGAACCUGGAUGGAAACAGUCCAGAUCGACUACCAGCGCAUCACGAUGAAAAAUAUCAUAAGCGAGAUAGAGCUCAAGUGCACGGCUACAGUAACUCAGGCGUUACGCGACUAUAAGUUUUUCAGUCGCGAUCUGGACCAAAAAAAGAGUGAAACGUUCGACGUAUACUAUGAGCGAGUGCGGGCGAAAAGCCGUUUAUGCAAAUUCGGAGACUUGAAUGAUAGGUUGGUACAAUCCCGCCUAAUCAUCGGGCUUCGAGACAAGACUCUGCAAAAAAUCCUCCUCGCCAAGGACCUCUCCCUCAGCGAGGUCGUGGCAAAGUGUAGAAGCUUCGAGAUCGGAGAGCAGAAUGCGCUGGAGAUCAACAAAGCACAGAGAUCGACCGAGACCAUCGCGACGAACGUUGCCGCAGUCGGACGUCAGGGAUGCACUGCCUGUGGAUAUGUUCAUGCCAACGGAUCGUGUUCGGCAAGAAGCAGGUUCUGCAGUCGUUGUGGAAAACGAGGACACUAUGCAAGACUUUGCAGAACCCCCCAGGACAAAGCUCAGCCCAGCAGGGUAGAAUCGAGAAAACCUUUCCGUCCAGCGGACCGGCAAAGGCACCAUCAGCCAGCGACGAAUAAAGUAUGGAGCUUACAACAGGCGUCAGAUGACGAGGACUUCAGGCUAUGUCAGGUAAAAGCCUUCGCGAACGAGCAGCCGAAAAAAAAAUGGGAUGAAGUGGUCAAAGUGAACGGACAAUUGGUCCCGUGCAAAUAG